AUGAAUGCGGUUGUUAUUGACACGAUCAUAUUCGGAAUUAAAUUCCAUUCCUUCCAUCUCCUUUUUGAUGUUUUUCUAUCUUUCUUAAUUUCUAUCGCCACUUCCCUCUCUCUUUUUCUUGAUUUCGUUUUCUUUCCUCGUUCACAUGUUUCUGCUUUUAAUUUUUCUAGGAUUUGUCUUUACUUCUACAUCUUUCUUUCUUUUAUUCAUUCUUUCUUCCUUUUUUUCUUUAUUUCAUUCAUUAUUUCUUUCUUUCUUACUUUCUUUCUUUCAUUCUUUCUCUCUUUCAUUCAUUCUUUCUUCCUUUCUUUCAUUCAUUCAUUUCUUUCUUUCAUUUUUUCUUUCUUUCAUUCAUUCUUUCUUAUUUCUUUCUUUCCUUCAUUUCCUUAUUUAUUUCUUACUUUCUUUCUUUCUUUCUUUCAUUCUUACUUUCUUUCUUUUUUCAUUCAUUCUUUCUUCCUUUCUUUCUUUCAUUCAUUCAUUAUUUCUUUCUUUCAUUCCUUAUUUCUUUCUUUCUUUCAUUCAUUCUUUCUUCCUUUCUUUCAUUCUUUCAUUCAUUAUUUCUUUCUUUCUUUCAUUCAUUAUUUCUUUCUUUCUUUCAGUCAUUCUUUCUUCCUUUCUUUCAUUCUUUCAUUCAUUAUUUCUUUCAUUCAUUAUUUCUUUUUCUUUUUCAUUCAUUCUUUCUUUCUUUCAUUCCUUAUUUCUUUCUUUCUUUCAUUCUUUCAUUCAUUCUUUCUUCCUUUCUUUCUUUCUUUCUUUCAUUCCUUAUUUCUUUCUUUCUUUCAUUCUUACUUUCUUUCUUUUUUCAUUCAUUCUUUCUUCCUUACUUUCUUUCUUUUUCAUUCAUUAUUUCUUUAUUUCUUUUCUUUUCAUUCCUUCUUUCUUUUCUUUCUUUUUCAUUCAUUAUUUCUUUUCUUUCUUUCAUUCUUUCAUUCUUUCUUUCUUUCCUUUCUUUCAUUCUUUCAUUCAUUAUUUCUUUUCAUUCAUUAUUUCUUUCUUUCUUUCAUUCUUUUUCUUUCUUUUCUUUUUCAUUCUUUCUUUCUUUCAUUCUUUCUUUCUUUCUUUUUUCUUAUUUCUUUCUUUUCUUUUCAUUUUUUCUUUCUUUUCUUUCUUUUUUUCAUUCAUUCUUUCUUUCCUUACUUUCUUUCUUUCAUUCAUUAUUUCUUUUAUUUCUUUCUUUCAUUCCUUCUUUCAUUUUUUUUCUUUCUUUCAUUCAUUCUUUCUUCCUUUCUUUCAUUCUUUCAUUCAUUCAUUCUUUCUUUCUUUCAUUCUUACUUUCUUUCUUUCUUUUUUCAUUCAUUCUUUCUUCCUUAUUUUCUUUCUUUCAUUCAUUAUUUCUUUAUUUCUUUCUUUCAUUCCUUCUUUCUUUCUUUCUUUCUUUCAUUCAUUCUUUCUUCCUUUCUUUCAUUCUUUCAUUCAUUAUUUCUUUCUUUCUUUCAUUCAUUCAUUCUUUCUUUCUUUCAUUCUUUCAUUCAUUAUUUCUUUCAUUCAUUAUUUCUUUCUUUCUUUCAUUCUUUCUUUCUUUUUCUUUCAUUCUUUCUUUCUUUCAUUCAUUCUUUCUUUCUUUCUUUCUUUCAUUCCUUAUUUCUUUCUUUCUUUCAUUCUUACUUUCUUUCUUUUUUCAUUCAUUCUUUCUUCCUUACUUUCUUUCUUUCAUUCAUUGUUUCUUACUUUCUUUCAUUCAUUCUUUCUUCCUUUCUUUCAUCAUUUCAGUCAUUAUUUCUUUCAUUCAAUAUUUUUCUUUCUUUCUUUCAUUCUUUCUUUCUUUCAUUCAUCCUUUCUUCUUUUCUUUAUUUCUUUCAUUCCUUAUUUAUUUAUUUCUUACUUUCUUUCUUUCUUUCAUUCUUACUUUCUUUCUUUCUUUUUUCAUUCAUUCUUUCUUCCUUACGUUCCUUCUUUCAUUCAUUAUUUCUUUAUUUCUUUCUUUCAUUCAUUCUUUCUUUCUUCCUUUCUUUCGUUCAUUAUUCCUUUCCCAUUCUUGUCCGCUAUUCUUCUUUCCCACAUUUGUCUUUACUUCUACAUCUUUCUUUCUUUUAUUCAUUCUUUCUUCCUUUCUUUCUUUAUUUCAUUCAUUAUUUCUUUCUUUCUUACUUUCUUUCUUUCAUUCUUUCUCUCUUUCAUUCAUUCUUUCUUCCUUUCUUUCAUUCAUUCAUUAUCUCUUUCUUUCAUUUUUUCUUUCUUUCAUUCAUUCUUUCUUCAUUUCUUUCUUUCCUUCAUUCCUUAUUUAUUUCUUACUUUCUUUCUUUCUUUCAUUCUUACUUUCUUUCUUUUUUCAUUCAUUCUUUCUUCCUUUCUUUCUUUCAUUCAUUCAUUAUUUCUUUCUUUCAUUUCCUUAUUUCUUUUCUUUUCUUUCAUUCUUUUCUUCCUUUUUUCUUUCAUUCUUUCAUUCAUUAUUUCUUUCUUUCUUUCAUUCAUUAUUUCUUUCUUUCUUUCAUUCAUUCUUUCUUCCUUUCUUUCAUUCUUUCAUUCAUUAUUUCUUUCAUUCAUUAUUUCUUUCUUUCUUUCUUUCAUUCUUUCUUUCUUUUUUUCUUUCAUUCUAUCUUUCUUUCAUUCAUUCUUUCUUUCUUUCUUUCAUUCCUUAUUUCUUUCUUUCUUUCAUUAUUUCAUUCAUUCUUUCUUCCUUUCCUUCUUUCUUUCUUUCAUUCCUUAUUUCUUUCUUUCUUUCAUUCUUUUUCUUUUCUUUUUUUCAUUCAUUCUUUCUUCCUUACUUUCUUUCUUUCAUUCAUUAUUUCUUUAUUUCUUUCUUUCAUUCCUUCUUUCUUUCUUUCUUUCAUUCAUUAUUUCUUUCUUUCUUUCAUUCUUUCAUUCUUUCUUUCUUUCUUUUCAUUCUUUCAUUCAUUAUUUCUUUCAUUCAUUAUUUCUUUCUUUCUUUCUUUCUUUUUCUUUCAUUCUUUCUUUCUUUCAUUCAUUCUUUCUUUCUUUCAUUCCUUAUUUCUUUCUUUCUUUCAUUCUUACUUUCUUUCUUUCUUUUUUCAUUCAUUCUUUCUUCCUUACUUUCUUUCUUUCAUUCAUUAUUUCUUUAUUUCUUUCUUUCAUUCCUUCUUUCUUUCUUUCUUUCAUUCAUUAUUUCUUCCUUUCUUUCAUUCUUUCAUUCAUUAUUUCUUUCUUUCUUUCAUUCAUUCAUUCUUUCUUUCUUUCAUUCUUUCUUUCUUUCUUUCUUUCAUUCCUUGUUUCUUUCUUUCUUUCAUUCUUACUUUCUUUCUUUCUUUUUUCAUUCAUUCUUUCUUCCUUAUUUUCUUUCUUUCAUUCAUUAUUUUUAUUUUCUUUCUUUCAUUCCUUUUUCUUUCUUUUCUUUCUUUCAUUCAUUCUUUCUUCCUUUUCUUUCAUUCUUUCAUUCAUUAUUUCUUUCUUUCUUUCAUUCAUUCUUUCUUUUUUCUUUCUUUCAUUCUUUCAUUCAUUAUUUCUUUUCAUUCAUUUUUUUUCUUUCCUUCAUCCUUUCUUUCUUUUUCUUUCAUUCUUUCUUUCCUUCAUCCUUUCUUUCUUUUCUUUUCUUUCUUUCAUUCUUAUUUCUUUUCUUUCUUUCAUUCUUACUUUCUUUUUUUUUUCAUUCAUUCUUUUUCUUCCUUACUUUCUUUUUCAUUCAUUGUUUCUUACUUUCUUUCAUUCAUUCUUUUCUUCCUUUCUUUUUUAUCAUUUCAGUCAUUAUUUCUUUUCAUUCAAUAUUUUUCUUUCUUUCUUUUCAUUCUUUCUUUAUUUCAUUCAUCCUUUCUUCUUUUCUUUAUUUCUUUCAUUCCUUAUUUAUUUAUUUCUUACUUUCUUUCUUUCUUUCAUUCUUACUUUCUUUCUUUCUUUUUUCAUUCAUUCUUUCUUCCUUACGUUCCUUCUUUCAUUCAUUAUUUCUUUAUUUCUUUCUUUCAUUCAUUCUUUCUUUCUUCCUUUCUUUCAUUCAUUAUUCCUUUCCCAUUCUUGUCCGCUAUUUUUCUUUCCCAGUUUUUUUUUUAUUGCUGGAUUUCAUUCCUCUUCUUCUGCCUUUUGUUUCGCCUUCUUUCCUUUUUGUAUUAUUUCUUUUCUUUUGAGAUUCGGCUUCCUCUCUUACUAUCAUUCAAGGCGUUUUUCUAUUGCCUUUUCCAUUCUGGUUCUUUCCUUCUGAAUAUCUGA